AUGUUUAACCUCUGGAAGUUUGUUCUAAGUUUCUUUGCCGAUGCUGAACCUAGGAAAUCUAACUAUGAAUCCGUCCAGGUAUCAUGUCCUGAGAUAAAAGCAUCAUUCCCAUCGAAGUUACUAUUUUCAUGGUUUGACUCAUUUGCAUGGUCUGGCUACAAGCACCCCAUAGAAUUCAAAGAUUUAUGGAAUAUGAAUUAUGACGAUAGUUCGAAAGAAGUAGUUUCAGUCUUUGAUAAACAUUGGGAACAAAUUAAUAAGUUGUUAGAAGACGCACCUGCAGAUUUUAAAAAAAAAUAUGAUUCCCAGGAAAAGAAUUCAAAUUUUUCAAUGCAAAGGCACCUAUCUAUUGAUUCAAGUAAACCAAUUCCUCGACCUUCGAUGGAACAAAAAGCCAAACUUAUUGAAUCAGAGAAAGCAGAAACCGGCUAUGUCAAAUGGGAUAUCUACAUUCAGUAUAUUAAGUCAUCUGGAACUAUUUUUUGCAUAACUUCAGUUUUACUAACUUUUCUAUACCAAGGAUUUUAUAUUUCAUCAAGCAUCUGGCUGUCAAUAUGGUCUCAUGAUGAUGGUUCACUAACUCAUGAAACAGAAAAUGAUACUAAAAGGUUUAUGCACUUAACAGUUUACGGACUACUAGGCUUUGGUCAAAGUAAGUUUAAACAUUAAAAUGUUAUGAAUGUAAAAGCACAUAAGUAAACUUUUGAUUUCAUUUUAACUGAGUAUUAAGUUUCUAUACCCGGUUUAAUUUUAUCUAUUCAUUUUUUCGAGCAUCCAUGGUUAUGACUUUUUAUUAAUUUUUAUCUUUUCGAUAUUAGCAAAUAUACACUUAAUACAAAUCGACGGUGUUUUGUUGAAAGUGUGCAACCCACAUAAUUGCACUUGUUCAGGAGGGACGAAAUAGUGUUUUUAAAAAUGAUAACGUUGAUAUCGGUCGAUCACGAAUAUAACUUCAUACAAUAGAGUAGUAGACAUGUUGAUAAUUUGAUAAAAAUUAUCAUUCUAAUGGUUAAAUGUAUGCGAA